GCGGUUGGUCAAUUGAACUGAUUGAAGAGAGCAAAACAAAAUCGACCCAAAAGAUGGCGUUUCCUAGCUCUCUGCUACUUUCACAGAUUCUCUUGCUUUUCUUGGUCUCGUCGUUUUCAUGGACAUCUGCGACUUACCCCAUUCAGCAGACCUUCUUUCGUUGCCUUUCGACCAAUUCCAUGGACCCUGUUCCUCUUUCCUCGUAUUACACCCCGAAUAAUGUCUCUUCCUUCACAUCCGUCCUCAAUUCAACGGCGAACAACCUCCGGUACUUGCUCCCAACGGUACCGAAGCCCUUGAUCAUCUUCACCGCACUUUCUGAGGUCCAUGUCCAAGCUGCUGUCGUCUGCUCGAAGCGGCUCGGGCUCGCCCUCCGCAUCCGGAGCGGGGGCCACGACUAUGAGGCGGUGUCCUACGUGUCCCAGAUUGAGUCCCCCUUCGUUGUGCUCGACCUGGCCCCACUCCGUGCCAUCGAGGUGGACAUCCCCCAGGGCAUGGCGUGGGCCCAGGCAGGGGCCACGGUCGGGGAGGUCUAUUACCGGAUCGCCGAGAAGAGCAAGGUUCACGGGUUCCCGAUGGGCCUGUGCACGAGCCUGGGCGUCGGGGGCCACAUCACCGGCGGGGCCUACGGGUCAAUGAUGAGGAAGUUUGGGCUUGGGGCUGACAACGUGCUCGACGUCCGGAUGGUCGACGCCAAGGGGAAGAUUCUUGACAGGAAGGCGAUGGGGGAGGACCUGUUCUGGGCUCUCAGGGGAGGAGGCGGAGGCAGUUUUGGCAUAAUCCUGGCCUGGAAGCUGAAAUUGGUCAAUGUGCCUGAGACUGUGACUGUGUUCACAGUCACCAAGACCCUCGAACAAGGCGCAACGAAGCUCCUGUACAAAUGGCAAAAAGUAGCACCAAAGCUCGACGACAGGCUCUUCAUCAGAGUCAUCAUCCAGGCCUCGAGCGCCAAUCUAACGGCGAACCGGACGGUGAUGACCUCCUACAACGCCCUCUUCCUAGGAGACCCGGACACCCUCCUCGGAAUCAUGGGCAAGGGCUUCCCGGAGCUGGGCCUGACGCGGGCCAACUGUGUCGAGACAAGCUGGAUUCAGUCAGUCCUGUACAUCCAAGGGUACCCGAACACGACCGCCCCAGAGGUCCUCCUACAGGGGAAGCCACUGUUCCGGAACUAUUUCAAGGCCAAGUCCGACUUCGUGAGGACCCCGAUCUCCGAGGAGGGACUCUUGGGCCUGUGGAAGAUAUACUUCGAGGAGGAGGUCCCAUUCAUGAUAUGGAACCCGUACGGUGGGGCGAUGGCCCGGGUCCCUGAGUCGGCGACACCGUUCCCGCACCGGUGGGGAACACUGUUCAAGAUUCAGUAUGUGGCGACCUGGCAGGAUGGGACCGAGAGCAUGGCCAGGCACAUGAGCUGGAUCGGGAAGUUGUAUGACUACAUGGGAGCUUAUGUGUCCAAGAAUCCCAGAGAGGCCUAUGUGAAUUACAGGGAUCUCGAUUUGGGCAUGAACAAGAAAGGUUACAACAGCUUGAUGGAGGCGAGCUCUUGGGGUCUGAGGUAUUUCAAGGGCAAUUUCAACAGGUUGGUUCAGGUCAAGAGCAGGGUCGACCCUGAUAACUUCUUUAGGCAUGAGCAGAGCAUUCCUCCUCUUCCUGUGAAUAAAGGGAAAUAGAGAGUAUUGAUUGAUUAGUGUAAGAUUUGCUUGGACCACUACAGAGUUUGAUGGCUAGUGGCUUUUCUUCUUUUUCUUUUUCUUUUCCUUUCUUUUUACUCUUUUGGUUUUGGCCUUUUUCCCCCCUCUUUGGAGUAACUGCAUGGCAGUGUGCACUGUGAGCUUAAUCAUAGACAAACAUCAGUUUCCAUC